UGACCGCCUGACCACCGGCAUUCUUCACAGGCCUGUUACUCCACAAAACGAUGCCGCAUCGUGCUUCUCGUUCAUACGUGGAGGCGUGGAGCAUUGGUACGGCGGUACAAUCACCACCCGUUUCAAGCUCCAGAAUUAUGACAGCUAAGAACAAUCAGGCCGUUGAUCUCCACCGCACCAUUUCUGGGAGGGACGACACCGCCGUAUCUAAAGUCUUGGCUUUCUCACGCGCCUCCCCCGCUUUCACCAGAAAAAUCAUCAGAUUAAUUUCCGAAUCUUCAGAUAUAGGAAAGAGAGGGAUUUUUGUGCAAUUAAGCCAGUCAAUCACGCCGAUUGGGGGCAUCAAAGGUGCAUGGUAUAUCCCUUUCACUGGAUUUUCUUCGUAAAUAUUUGUUAUCUAGGUCUUGUUACUGUAGUAUUGUUAUUAGUUUUUUUGAUGUAUACAAACCUUGGUCACAUCGAUUUGAACUCCGAGGCUCUUCUGGUUGAACCAGAAACUGAUGCUAAUGGGUUUAAUGUAUCGGAACCGAGUGCUGGUGUCGGUGUUUCUGUGAUCGGAACCCUAUUGGGUUAUGAGAAAAAUAGGGAUUCUCAUGCGGUUAAUGAUGAGAAAGUGAGGCGUGAGGCAGUGGCUGAUGAGAUGGGUGGUGGGGGUUUAGAGGGAAAUACUGAGUCUCUUGUUAGGGGGUUUGAUAUGGAAGCCGAAACUGGAAGGGUAGAUGAGGGGAUUGAUGCAAAGGUGGGCGGUGUUAAUGGAGAUAUAGAGCCUGGAAUAGAUGGUGAGGUAGAGGACGUUUUAGUGGGGAAAACUAAUUCCCUUGUUAGAGGGUUUAAUAUGGAAGCGGAAAUAAUAUCGGUAGAUAAGGAGGUUGUGGAAGUACGUGAUGAUGCUGUAGAUAGAGGGCCUGGAAUAGAUGGUGAGGUAGAAGGCCGUAUUGUGAAUUAUUGUCAGCUUGAGGGGAUAUCAACAAGAGGGGCUUGUGGGGAUUCCAUCAAAGUGCAGAAUGCCAAUGCAUUGGAGUAUUCUCCUGACAAUUCGGGGAUGGAACUACAUGUCACUAAUACCAGUGCAGUUGUAGCUUCUGAUGGACUGCAAAACCAGGAGAUGGAAAUUGAUAAACAGGCCGCUGUAGUUGACGAUCAAGUUUUGUCCAUUAGUGCUCAAGAGCCAGCUGUCUCCCAAAAUGCUAAUGAAUUUAAUCCUUUUAAUCUCGUUGUAAAUCUGAAUUCAUGUAAGAGUGUGGAUGGAAAUGGCCCAGAUGAGUCUUAUGUACAAUGUGCUGCAUCAAAAGUUAAAUUUCGUGUUUCUGAUUUGGUAUGGGGUAAAGUGAGGAGCCAUCCCUGGUGGCCAGGUCAGAUAUUUGAUCCUUCGGCUGCAUCAAAGAAGGCGAAGAAGUAUUUCAAGAAGGACAGUUACUUGAUAGCAUAUUUUGAGGAUCAAACCUUUGCUUGGAAUGGCUUGUCGAAAAUAAAGCCCUUCCGAUCCCACUUUCACCAAAUGGAGAAGCAGAGCAAUAUGGAAAGUUUCCACCGUGCUGUUGAUUGUUCUUUGGAUGAGGUUUCUAGACGUGUGGAGUUUGGGCUGGCAUGUCCUUGUUUACCUGAGGAAUCAUAUUCUACGCUCAGAACUCAGAUUUUUGUUAACACUGGAAUUCGGGAGGAAUCAAGGAGGAGAGAUGGCGGGGACAGUUUGCAAAGUGUAGAUUCUUUUGAGCCUGUGAAACUUCUGAAGUGUAUAAGAGCGAUGGCGCUGUCACCGUUUGCUGAGUUUGACAGGCUGGAGUUUGUAACUGCACGAGCCCAAGUGUCAGCAUUUUAUCGUCUGAAGGGUUAUUGCCAGUUGCCGGAAUUCAAGAUGCUCAGUAGGUUGUGGGAGAGCGAUGUAGAGACACCCCCAUCCGGUGAAGUUAAAUAUGAUGGUGAAGUGGUUGAAACUGCCACUCCCAAAUUUAAAGAGGAUGAGCAGCCUUCUGGGAUGGAAGAUUCCAAUAGGCCUAAGGGCGUUUCUUCUAAACGUAAGCUUUCCUCCAAGGAUGGUCUGCAUACUGCCAAAAAAAGGAAGAACUUAUCAGACUUGAUGGCAGGGAGGCAAAUGAAUAUGCCAAACGGUGAACUUGGAUCACAGAUAAACAGUGGUAAUAAAGUGAGCUCUUUGAAGUCUGGUAGGAAACGCAAGUCUGUCUAUUAUACUUCCCAUGAUUUAGACGUGAAACGUGGGCCAAGUUAUUUGUCCAAAGGGAAUGAUAACAAGUCUCCGCAGCCUAGGGAAACUUUCCGGGUUGGAAAGAGUAUCCUAAGGGUUGCCAGUCAACUGAACGGCUUAUCUCCGAUACUCAAGAAUGUUGAUGGGAUGUCAAGAAAAAAUGUGAUGAAAAAGGGCAGAGAAAAAGUUCUCUAUGGGAAAUCUUGUAGUGAAAGACUGAUUCUGAUAAAGGAUUGCUCACCUGAGGAGAUGCUAUCGCAGCUCCAUUUAGCUGCUCAAGAUCCAAUGAACAGAUACAGAUUCUUGACAUCUGGCAUUAGUUUCUUCUUGGAGUUCCGUAACUCUGUUAGCCUAGAGUAUGCCAACGUGGAGAAGGACAAACAAUCGGAGCAAGAAGUGUGUGGUAAUGACACUGGGAAAGAGUCGAAGAAUACUGGAAUUUGUGAAACUUCUGAGUUGGAGAUUAUCAAAGACUCUUAUUGUCUUAAUACGAUUGUUCAAAGUAUGCCAGAAGAGCCAUUGCCACCUGAUAACCAGAACGAAGCUGUUCAAUUGAGUCCCAAUUUGGAUUCUAAACGAUGUACUGGUGGUGAAAUGCAUGAUUUGGAAUCAUCAGAGUCAUUGAACCGCGUGGAUAAUAGCUGCGGUGAAGAUCUCUCUCCCACAGCUCUAAUCCUCAACUUCACUGACAUUGAUUCUGUUCCAUCUGGAGCAAAUCUGAACAAGAUAUUUAGCCAAUAUGGCCCUUUAAGGGAAUCAGAGACUGAAGUGCUGAUGAAGAGUAGCCGCGCCAAAGUAGUUUUCAAUAGUCGUGCUGAUGCUGAAACAGCUUUUAGCAGUGCUGGGAAAUACAGCGUUUUCGGACCAUCGCUUGUCAGUUACCAGCUCAAGUAUAUGCGGUCAUCACCAGGAAAAGCUUCUGGCAGUAUAAAAAGGUAAAGCAGAAAAGGUUUCACAUCUGUGGAAGGAAAUGAAAAUUGUAGUCUUUUAGGAUGUUGAUCACCAUACCUUGCUUUUAGCUUUUUUUUCAGUGCUCUUUUUUUCCUUUUCUAUUUUCUGGUUCUUGAAUCAUAUUACUAGAUUUUGUUAAUGACCCAAUUUGAUAUGCUGUGCGUAUUAGGAUUGAACAGUUUAGUAACAACAAUGUUAAGGUUCUCAGUGUUUUUUUUCCCAGCUAUCCAAAUGCCGUGAUGGAUGCAUAUGAUCAAUGUAAAAUCGUAGGCCUCACUUGAUCCAUAUCAAAUCGUAUGCGUCCAUCUUAGCAUUUGGAACCGAAGACUGCUCGUUUUGAA